CAAUCUUCUCCUUUCCCCACACAGAUAUGCUAGCCCGCGGCAACACCUCCUGCAGCCCAGAGACGUCUGCUCAGGUUCCCUGCUGUGCUCUGGACGGCGGAUUGCUGCGGCCCAAGGAACGUGACUCGCCCGCGCCAUGCCAGCCCUCUUCUCUGCAGGCUGUCCAGUUGGAGUCUUCUCCAGCCAGCGUAGGCUGCAGGCCACCUCUGGAACACUCCCCAGCAGAGCAGCGUGCCACCCCGUGCCCCUCCGCCUCCCCUCCCCUGCGGCGCAGGCGCACCCGCCCGGAGGCGCCCUUCGAGCUCUCUCUGGAUUUCCUUCAAGCCCAGAGGGAGACGGCCGAAGCCAUCCGCGAGCUGACCUGCACCCUGCGGCAGGGCCUAGAGAGGCUGACCGAUAUCGUGGCUGCCUUGCUGCCCCUCCUUCCCAUUCAAACAAGCAGCCUCGUGCACCACCAGGGGGCGACAUCUACUCCGGUGCCAGCCCCCUCCCCGGAGACCCUACCCAACAGGGACUCCUUCGUCACCAAGGUGGAGCUGUCCCCGGAGCAGGGUGGGGACGAAGAGAGGCCUCCGCAAGAGGAAGGCAGGCCUGCGGCCGAAGCCAGGCCAUCUCCGAGCCAAGCUGUGGCACCCCAGAAACGAAGGAAAGGGGUCCCUAUUCGGAAACGCAGGGGCCGCUGGAAGAAUUUGUGAGCGAGCCCCGAAGGACCUGCUGCUGCUGCUGCCCCCUACAGACGAAAAAGGGGAUAAUGCACAUCCCGUGGAAGCGGGGUCUUUGUGAUGUCCCGCCGUCCCCCCAAAGAGAUCCUACUACUACCACCCCAUAAAUAAUGCAAGAUUGCGCCCUCCACCAUACACAACACUCCCCACGCCGCCUUAUUGCUGCUACAGGUUACAUUGGUUACAUUCACAGCUUACGACCCACAAAGCAAAACGUAGGCCAUUUUGGCAACGCACACGACCCUGGUUUGGGCUGGCCCAGGCGAACAGCAAAUCCGGGCCAAUUAAAUGGAGCCCCUUGCAGGUUGCCCCUUCAGGCCGGCAGACCGCCCUUUGCCUAGCACACAGCGAGUUUGACACCUGUGG